AUGACGGCACAGCAGGCCCAUACGAGCACCACCUUCACCUACUCCAACGUAGAGGUUUCAACCACUACGCCCGGUCAGUCUCCCACAUCUGCCUCGGGCAACAUGUCAGGACUGGCAGUUCCUGGACCUUCCGGGUCUAGCAAGGCACCUGCCAAUGCGGUGCAAUCAGAAGCUGGCGCAUCGCCGUCUACCACCCAGACAGACGCAAUGAGCACUUCUGCUGGUCAGGAUAGUAACGCAGACUCUGGUAGCGUCAUGACAGAGGACGAGGAGGACUUGGAGGACUAUUGCAAGGGAGGCUACCACCCUGUCCACGUUGGCGACACUUUUAGCGAGGAUAGGUAUCUCAUCGUGCGCAAGCUCGGGUGGGGACAUUUUUCGACAGUCUGGCUCGCCAGAGAUAGCAAAGCCAAUCGGCACGUCGCUUUGAAGGUAGUCAAAUCCGCGCCGCACUACACCGAAACUGCUUUGGACGAAAUCAAAUUGUUGCAGCGCUUGGUCGCAGCCAACAAGACUCAUGCAGGUCGCAGACACUGCGUCUCUCUUUUAGACCACUUCAAGCACAAAGGUCCAAAUGGUUCUCACGUGUGCAUGGUGUUUGAAGUCCUUGGUGAAAAUUUGCUCGGACUUAUCAAGCGCUAUCAGCAUCGCGGUGUGCCACCUCACAUUGUCAAGCAAAUCGCCAAGCAGGUCUUGCUGGGACUGGAUUAUAUGCAUCGGGAAUGCGGCAUCAUUCACACCGAUCUCAAGCCGGAGAACGUACUGAUUUGCAUCGACGAUGUGGAGUCGGUGGUGCAAGCCGAGUUGCGCACAAAUCCCGCCGCAGUCCCCACAAAGCUGGUCGGCGUGCCUCCAAGUCAAGGCAGAGGAGGUAUGCAGACGCCCCGAAGAGACGGCAUCUUUAUCACAGGCAGUCAACCGCUUCCCAGCCCUAGCUCGAGCCUCGGCUCAAGCCCAAUGUUUGAUAAGUGGGCUUUCGGCAUGUCGCGGAUAGAAAAGGCAAGUGGCAGCGAGUUCGGAGCCAAGAGCCAGGAUAGCUUGGGCCCGCGAUCUGCAGACAGCACUUCGACAGCUCCGCAAGAGCAAGCACAAAGCGCAGACUCGAUUGCGAGAAGCAUGAGCCAGAUGAGCACCUCGGGGCCUCAAUCACCGAGCGGCGUGAAUGCACCUACAUUUCCGCACCGCAGCGUUGCACACCCACAUAGCCACGGGCCUUCCCUUUUGUCCCAGCAAGCGCCCGGUCUCGGCAAGGCGAGCGGGGAAAAGUCAACAGUCGGCGGCUCUGCGACCGAAAGCGCGACUGUCCCGCAAUCAUCGUCCAGCUCUUCGUCAUCCACAUCGGCAAUGUCGACCGAUGCGCCAGCUCCCGAAGCCAAGGAUCCUGAUUCAACCCCUGCGACUUCGGCCGAUACGAGGAGAGGCGAGGAGGACGGCUAUCACCCACCCGCUGUCGCCGCUGGAGAUCCCAACACUUUGCCCCCUCCUCCACCUUAUGACCCCACCACGCUCGAGCGGAUCACUGUGAAGAUCGCUGAUUUGGGCAAUGCUUGCUGGACGGAUCAUCAUUUUACAAACGAUAUCCAGACGCGCCAAUACCGGUGUCCGGAAGUCAUCAUUGGGGCCAAGUGGGGUCCAAGUGCAGACAUGUGGAGUGCUGGCUGUAUGUUCUUUGAGCUGCUCACUGGAGAUUAUCUCUUUGACCCGGCGGCUGGUUCAAAGUACAACAAGGACGACGAUCACAUUGCUCAGGUAAUUGAAUUGCUCGGCGACUUUCCGAAGUCACUAGCCUUCUCGGGCAAAUACAGUGCAGACCUGUUCAACAGGAGGGGCGAAUUGCGGCACAUUCACAAGCUGCGAUUCUGGCCGCUGAUUUCGGUACUGCAGGAGAAGUACUUGAUGCCUUUCGAGGACGCCAACAAGUUGUCAUCGUUCUUGCUGCCUAUGCUCAAGCUUCAUCCGGACAAGCGAGCUUCAGGAAAGGAUUUGCUCGACCACGAAUGGCUCGAAGGAAUUCUGGUAGAAGGCGAAUUCGAAUUGGCGAGGAGGCAAGCAAUGUUUGGACCGGAUGCUGAUGUGCCAAUGACUGGAGACGUCAACGCGCCCCUCUCGCUUGGUGACGACGACCAAGAUGCGUUGGACGCUCUCAAGCCUAUAUCGACUUCUUUGACUUCGAGCUACGCCUCCUCACCUCAAGCUGGCGUUCAUCUGGAUCCGAAAGCCCUGCAGGAAGCGCAGAGGCGGGCUACUGAGCACGCAGCGCAAGCUGCGCAAGCUCUUCAAGACAAUUCUGCGAGCCAUGCGUCUCCUACAAGUCAGCCUCCGACGGCCACCAGCAGCGCGCCUUACCCGCAGCCUGCAGAGCCGCGCUCUCAGGCGCAGACUUCGAGCAGCUCAAAUGCACCUUCCACGCAGCCUUCGAGGACGAACAGCGCGACUAGGACUGCGGACCCCUCGGCAGGACCUCAGAGCAUCGCUAGACCGGUCGCAACCACGGGUGCUUGA